AUGAUACCGCUUGUCCAUAUCAUACGCCAUGGCGAAGCACUUCACAACGUCCAGCACAGCUAUCCGGACAGAGAUCCGCCCUUAACAAAAGCCGGCAACGCCUCCACCAAACACCUCAAUCUCACUUUCCGACCAGACUUGAUCCUCAUCUCACCUAUGACACGCACGAUAGAAACUGCUAUGAAUAUAUUUCCUUUCUUGGUCGAUGCAGGUCCCUUUGACAUUCCCACCCAAAUCUGGCCUGAUCUUCGAGAAGCCAAUGACGCCAUCUGCAAUAAGGGUUUGUCACGAACAGAGCUGGCGUCGAAGUUUCCGCAAUUCGAUUUCUCUGAGUGCCAUACAGAGUGGGAUUAUCCAGAACAUAGCAUCCAAGACGCUACUGCGCGUGCCGAAAGGGUGCGGAGAAGGUUGAAAGACCUUUCUGCAACGUACAGCAACAUCGCUGUUAUUACGCAUCGAGGUAUCAAAGCUUUUCUAGUAAAGGGUAAACGCUUUGGAUUAGCCGAGACAAGGUGUUACCGCUUUGCUACAGAAGAAGAAGCCCAGGAUGAAAAGAUAAGAAGAGGCGUGAACACUGAUACGCUCGAAGAGCAGGACUUUGGACCCACAGUGUUGAUAUUGGAAGAAGGGCAGCGGAAAGAUCGCUGA